ACCUGACCACUGCAGGGGAGCGAGCCCGCUGAUUCUUCUCACAGAAACACAAACUUCUGCAGAAACCUUCCUGUUGAUUCCUCAGCUGUGGUUCCUAUGAACGGGAUGACGGAUGAGGACAUGUUUGUAUCAGAGGAGGCGCAGGCGGUGGACUGCAGGCGGCUGACUCGGCUGUACUGCAUGAAUGGCGGACAUCACCUCCAGAUCCUCCCCGAGGGGACCGUGCAGGGCCAGAGGGAGGAAAGGGACGUGCACAUUGUUUUGAAGCUCAAAGCUGUGGACAGAGGAGUGGUGGUUAUCGAAGGAACAGAGGCAGGGCGAUACUUGGCCAUGAGCGACGAGGGCAGUUUGUACAGCUCACCCACAGUGACUGAUGAGUGUUAUUUCCUGGAGAAGUUGGAGGAGAACCACUACAACACAUACAUGCCUCAGAAAUAUCAGGAAAGGAAAUGGUAUGUAGCGCUGAAAAAGAACGGCAAACCUAAACUGGGUCCAAGAACUCACAUCGGACAGAAGGCCGUCUUCUUCCUGCCCCGACAGCUGUGUGACUGAGCGAAGACACUCAACACACACUGCAACUCAGCCUGAACGAAUGUGAAGCUGCCCAGAGUAGACUUUAUUUCACUAACAGCACCAGAACCAGUCCUGAAGGAGUGGUGUGAAAAUGCUUGAUGAGGUGGAGGCAAAGCUGCAAAGUCAUUUAUUGCUAAUGUUAUGCAUAACCAGCUAAAGCUAAAAGACUGCAUGUUGUCCACUAAUUAUACUUUAGUUGGCAGCAGGGCAUUUCUUAAUAUAGAAGAAAAUGCAAAAAGUAAACAGUAUAAUAAUAUUCAUAUUAAUAAUAAUAAUAAACCAGUAUUAAAUGACUGAUUAAAUCUGAAUGUGUGGUUCUCAAAGUGAGCGACAUUUGAGAUGAUUUUAAAUGGGAAGGGACAAACACUAAGCAAUAAUAUAUAUUGUAAUACUAUACUUAUUAUAAAUGUCCCAUUUUCUCAUAAACUACUCCACUUACUUGAAUGGAAAAUGAUUGUAACCCAGUGAUUGAGAAUGUUGUUCGACUUUUGGAAGUCAUGCUAUGAAUGUUUUCUGUUUGGGAAAAUAUUCUCAAGCUUCAGAUAUCUUUAUCUAUACAUCAGUGUCCCAUUUUGCACACGUACAUCAUGUCUUGUGAUUGAACUGUUUGUAAAUAAACUACUAACAAUGUGCUAACUAAUUCAUGUUUCUGCAUCAACACUUUGGGAUGAUAAACAGGAAAACUAUCAACAACUUGAAACUGUGUCACAAAGAAAGAUGAAACACUUAUUUUUUUUAAUCUCCAGCAGUUUCAUUUUGCUGCUCCAAUGUGAAGAAUCCCACACUGCACAUUAAACAGAUGUAAAGCUGUCACUCAGCUGCAAUGUUGUGCCA